CUCUCUGCCGUAUAGGCACGGGGAUCAUGGAGAUGAGACAAGCUCUGUGAGGAGAAGGAAGACGCAAAAGAGCCCUGAACAGAAGACGGCAGAGAGCGGUGUGCGAGCCAAAGAAUGGGGAAACUCACCAUCGACUACCAGAAACUCCACGAUGCUUUCUUCAGGUGGCAGACGAAGCCCAAGAUGACAAUCCACGGAGACCUCUACUACGAGGGGAAGGAGUUUGAGACUCGUCUGAGGGAGAAGAAACCGGGGGACCUCUCUGACGAGCUGAGGCGAGCUCUCGGAAUGCCCACCGGGAUGGGAAAGCAGAAGUUUCCCCCACCGUGGCUGGUUGCCAUGCAACGAUACGGUCCGCCCCCCUCGUACCCCAAUCUCAAGAUCCCCGGACUCAACGCACCCAUUCCUGAGGGUUGCUCCUUUGGUUAUUUCGUUGGAGGUUGGGGGAAGCCCCCAGUUGAUGAGAUGGGACGACCUCUCUAUGGCGACGUAUUCGGUCUGACAACCCCGACAGUCACGUGAAGACAAAUGAUGAUGAGAUCGACAAACAGUUGUGGGGUGAGCUGGAAUCAGAGGAGGAAAUGGAAGAGGAGGAAGAGUCGGGGGAGGAUGAGGGGGAGUUGAAACCAGAGGAUCUACAGGCUGGCCUCAUCACCCCACUGGAGGGAGGGUUAGCCAGUCAAACCUGUUUUUACGACCAGUUAAUUACGGGGUUGACCCCUCUAAUUAAUUCCAGACUGGUGACUCCGAGUGGUCUCACUUCCAUUCCGGCUGGAAUGGAGACACCAGAGAUGAUUCAACUCAGAAAGAAAAAGAUCGAAGAAGCUAUGGAGCAGGGAGGCAACACCCCUGCUCUGUUCACAGUCCUACCAGAGAAGACCCAGUCGGUGGGCGGAGCGGUCAUGGGAUCUUCUCAUGUGUACGACCUCUCUGCUGCUGUGCCAGGAGCCAAUAAGAAGACCGGUGGAGGGGGAGGAGAAGGAGUGGAGGUGGCUCUAGACCCGAGUGAGCUUGAUCUCGAUGCCGCCACCAUGACUGCCAGGUAUGAAGAGCAGAUGAAGGAGACCAAGCUACAGAAAGAAGAUCUCAGUGACAUGGUUGCUGAACAUGCAGCCAAGCAAAAGAAGAGGAAAAGAACUGCGACUGAUUCCAGCAGUGGAAAGGCUUCGAAGAAACUGAAAGAAUUCAAAUUCUAAUUCAAACCCUGCUCUCUUUCUCUGUCUCUCUCUCAUUUUGUGCAUACUGUAUAACACUGUGCAUAAUACCCUCGGCGCGCAUGCGCAGCGAGGGUUACAUCUCACCUCUGUUCGUCCC